AUGAGUCCGAAAAUGAGUGUACUGGGAAUGUUUGUGUUCUUAUUGCUAGCAUCUGCAACUAAAGCUCAUGAGUCUGGUGUUUUUGAUGUGACAAGUGCCGACUAUGGUGCAAAGCCUGGCUCUGAUAUUACUUUUGCAUUGGCCAAGGCUUGGAAUGAUUCGUGUGCAUCACCGUCCGCUAGUAAAGUUGUUGUUCCGAGCGGAACAUACAAGUUAAGUGGAGCAAGUUUCAGAGGUCCUUGCAAGGCUCCGAUUGAGCUUCAAGUGCAAGGAACAUUGCAGGCUCCAGAAAAGGACAGUGACCUCACAAUGGAGGGGACUUGGGUUGGUUUCCAGCACGUUGACAUGAUCACCGUAUCAGGUGGCGGAACUUUUGAUGGCCAAGGAGCAUUUGUUUGGAGUCAAAAUAACAGCAGCAAAAGCAAACACUGCUCUGGUUCCGUUAAUCUGAGGUUCGACUUCGUCACAAAUUCCAUAAUUCAGGACGUAACUUCACUUAACAGCAAAAACUUCCAUGUCCAUGUUUACGGGUGCAACAAUGUUACAUUCCAACAUGUUCACAUCACAGCACCCGGAGACAGCAAAAAUACCGAUGGAAUCCAUAUCGGCAAAUCAACGGGGAUAAACAUUACUCAUACAUUCAUUGGAACUGGGGAUGACUGUGUGUCUAUAGGUGAUGGCAACAACCAAAUCGCGGUGACCAACGUUUCUUGUGGGCCAGGUCAUGGCAUUAGCAUUGGAAGUCUCGGAAGAUACGACAAUGAGGAAUCCCUGGCUGGAAUCAUAGUCAAGAACUGCACCCUGACCAACACACAGAACGGUGUGCGCAUCAAAACAUGGCCGAAUUCUCCUGUGGCUACCGCUGCCUCAGAUAUACACUUUGAGGAUAUUAUCAUGGUUAAUGUGAGUAACCCUAUUGUCAUAGACCAACUUUACUGCCCGUAUAAUAAGUGUGAUAAUUUGCCUCCGUCGAAAGUUAAGAUCAGCGAUGUUAGCUUCAAGAACAUUCAGGGCUCAUCUGCAACUGCACUUUCACUAAAGAUUGUGUGCAGCAGUGACUCACCAUGUGAGAAUAUGGAGUUGGCUGACAUUGAUCUCACCUACAGCGGAGCCAAAGGAACUAUUACCUCUCAAUGUUCGAACGUCAAGCCAACAAUUUCUGGCCUGACCGGGGCUCUUGCAUGCGCUACAUCCUCCGUGAUGCUUCCUCCCUUGAUCUAA